AUGGCACCCGAGGAGAAGAAGGUGCCUCAUCCGAUCAAAGCCCACCCUUUAUGGGCUUUGUAUCUGUUUAACAAAUGCUAUGCGCCUGAUCAACAGUCACGAAAAUCCCCUGCUGUCUCCCCGUAUUACACUGAUGCGGAGGAGUUCUCACUGAUGACAGCUUUCGUAACUUGCGAAGGGGGUACCCUACGACCUGAAGCCAACCAACUAGCGGAGAUGCUCCAAAUACAGAAGAAUAACUCACAGAAUGUGGUGUUUCACGUGUUAGAGGGAGUUCCCCAUGGACUUGACAAAGGCGCCGAAGAUGGCACACUAGAAUGGGUCCGGCGCGAAGAGGCCUAUAGCUUGGCAAUAAAGCUCUUAAAGGAAGUUUUCGAUAGGUAG